AUGCAGGGCUGUAAUGUCCCUGAAAGCAGUGGUGGCUUGACAGGUCCUUUUGGAAAUGCCAAUGCCUGGCGUGAAUUGACCCCAAAAGGCGGGAAUGUUUCUGAAUAUAAGCCGAAGAUGAAUAUCACCUUAGGUGGUUCCACAUAUACAAAGACAAUCGACUUGGAGUCUCAAGAUUUUUAUGACAUGCCGCAUUUCGGUACUUUUGAAUCCGAGACUAGUGGUCCUAAUUCAUCUCCAAUUAUUGAGUCGUCAAUCCAGAAUAACGGUCAAGUGAUUCAGUGUUCUGCUAAUUGCAAUGAGCCAAAAAUUUCGCCAAACUUGGCAUCGAAUCAUCCUGCUGAACUUGCAAACUUUCCUAUCACAAAGACACCCGAGAAAACUAAUUCGACUCCCCGGUCAACAUUUUUUUCUAGACUUGCACGUCGUUUAACCAUUCGGCGCACCGUUCCCAAGCUAGGGUCCUUUUCGCCUCCUCAUGGUAGUGCCAACCCUUUGGAGGGUGUCAUUGAGAAAUCUUCGCCACAAAUUUCUACCGGUCGGAAGAUUCGGCGAUGGCUCAGCAAACAUUUGAUGGCUCCUCCCAAGAAUUCUCUCCAUAAGGCGUCCCCAACCACUCUUGAUGGUGCAGUUGAUAAGUGCGUCUCACAAUCAGCUGAUGACUUCGGCUCUGCUCCCACUCAACGGCGGGCCCUUCCCCCACCCAAUACCUCAACAUCUAGCCUGUGCAACUCUCCGACUGGGACAAUCAGUCUGGCGGAUGAGCCAUUUGAAGCAAGUGGGAAUGGUAUUCGACAGGAAACCUUCUCGUAUGGAUCGGGAAGACUGAACAGUACAGGCGCUGGGCCACCGCCACGCUAUCUCAACGUGUCUUUGGCGGCCUUCGGUUACACUGGGUGCAAUCGCAAGUGGGUCUCGGCCCAGACCCUGGAGCGUGGUAAAACGGCCGCCACGGCGCAGGCCUCCUCCUCUGCCGUCCUGGCGACUAGCGUGACACCCCAGCGCCACAAGUCCACCUCCCCCACAUCAUCACCUCACACCUUUGCCCAACGACCCUACCGCUUGGAUUUCCGGGAUGGUCAAAAUCCUGAGGCUUCUUCUACAAUUCAGGCUUCCGGUGCUUCCCCCGCCGCCGUUACUGAGCGACCAAACAACUCAGCUGGAGUCGCUAUUCGUGUGAGACGUAACUGUUUAAACGCGAUCUCGAUAACUACGGGUGGUGAGGGUGAUCAGUCGCAGGAUCUCAAUCGCAGCCGCCACUCACAUAACGAGCAUUGGAACCGCUCCUCACUCAUUAUGCUUGCUGUCGCUCAGGCCUCGCCACGAAGUCACAACGUCCCACCCUCUGUUGCCGGAUCUACCGUCAACAUGGCGGGUCGCCAGUCCAUCUCCCACGGCGACACCACCGGUGGUUCUCCUGCUUCUCCCUCCAAACCCUUCUCUGGUCAUCGUUUGGUGUCCGGAGAGGAGAACAGUAGUCUAGACGUCUCUCUGCCAAAGGUGGAGGAGGUGCCCUCGAUCAAUACCACAGAUACCAGUCAGGAAGAGGCAAUCGCGCUGACGACAGGUCUGGAAGAAGCGGCUUCUUCAUUAGCCCUUGUCAACGGACAUACCCUCGACAAGAAUAAGGGAGAGAUGGCGGUGGCAGUGUUGCCCAUGAAGGGGGAGCAAAGUGAUGAGGUGAAAGACGGUCACCACUUUCUCCGGGUGGUGGAAGACACCGCGCAGGAGCUCAGAGACCGUGUCGAGGAAAUCGAACGCGACCUUAAUGAAAACGAGUUUCCCGAUGAAGUAUCUGGCCAUCUGCGCACCACAGUGGGGAAGGUGAAUUUGUUGCUCUCGCAAAAGUUCGUGCAGUUCCGCGGGCUUUGUAUGGACAGCAUUGAGGCGGGCCAGGCUGCCGACUCCGCAGGGGAGUUUGUCACCCUCCCUAGCGACCUCGAAGGUUUCUGGGCGAUGGUGAUGCUCCAGGUAGAUGAUGUACGCUCCAUGAUCGCCAAGUGCAACCAUAUGCGCCGGAACGACUGGCGGAUCGCUCCAGACCCUUCGAUUCACAACGGCCAAAACAGCUGUCUCCAAACAGUAAGCAGCCAUCAUUCCUUAUCUCCCACUUCUUUUUGUGGUCAUUGUGAUGGAACAAGUUCUGAUCCCUCAAAACCGAAGCGGUGUCAGCUGAAGACAGCUGCCUCGCCGGCAACGGUGAAGUCUCGUCAAAAUAAGGAAGCUGCCGAUUUAGCGCGAUCUCAGGCUAGGGAACGGCUGAAGGCCGCGAAGCGUCAGUACAUGCGUGGGCGUCAGGAUGAAUGUAAUGUCAGUUUUAACGACAGCCGUAGCAGCAAAAACGCCUUAGACGGUGAAAAUUCCACCUUCCUUGUUCUGUGA